CGAAGACUCACGCAUAGUUACAGGCGAUACACAGACCGACUGCCACAGCAAUUGUUUUCAGACAGCCUCACAACUAACCCCCCACCCCUCGCGCCUUUUGAGGACCCAGUCUCGCCCUUAUCCUUAUUCUCCCACUUCCUGCCCUCGGUCUCCGCUCCUGGGUCUCUCAAAUUCACCCCCUCAACCCCCUUGCCCGCCAUGGCCGAACAAAAAAUCACCCCCUUCGAAGUGUCCGGCGGCGUGGACGAGUCUGGCCACAUAAAGCCAGUAGACUACGACAAAUUGAUCCGCGACUUCGGUGCCACGCCCAUCUCGCCCGAGUUACUCGAGAGAUUCGAAAAAGCGACCGGCAAAAAACCCCACAGAUUCAUGCGCCGCGGAAUAGUGAUCUCCCAUCGCGAAAUGGAAAGAAUCCUGGGCAAGUAUGAGAAAGGCGAAAGAUUUUAUCUAUACACGGGGAGAGGGCCAAGCAGCGACAGCAUGCACGUUGGGCACAGCGUCCCGUUCGAAUUCACGCGCUGGCUACAAGAAGUCUUCGACUGCCCCCUUGUGAUCCAGUUAACAGACGACGAAAAGUUCAUGCACUCCAAAACCAUCAGCAUGGAUGACGCAACCCGGUAUGCAAGAGAAAAUGCCAAAGACAUCAUUGCGUUGGGCUUCGACCCGAAAAAGACGUUCAUCUUCUCGGACUUUGAGUACAUGGGGGGCGCAUUCUAUCGCAAUGUAUGCUUCGCGGCGAAAUGCAUCACGCUCAACCAGAUAAAAGGGGCAUUUGGGUUCAAUGACAGCAACAACAUUGGCGAAUUCCAUUUCCCUGCAACCCAGUCUGCGCCCUCCUUUGCAACCAGUUUCCCACAUAUUUUUGGCACCGACGCAAAAAGCGUCCCCAGGAUCCCUUGCCUAAUCCCUUGUGCGAUUGAUCAAGACCCCUAUUUCCGUGUCUGUCGAGAUAUAGCAGAGAGGAUGAAAUACGAGAAACCAUGCCUCAUACACUCCCGCUUUCUUCCCGCGUUACAGGGUGAAGGCACCAAAAUGUCCGCAAGUGUCGACUCUUCUGCGAUAUUUCUAACCGAUACACCGAAUGCGAUCAAGAAGAAGAUCAACCGUUUCGCAUUCUCUGGCGGGCAGGACACGGCGGAGAAACAACGCGAGCUGGGCGGGAGAACGGAUGUUGACGUACCCUACAAAUACCUCACUUUCUUCCUGGAAGACGAUGAUGAACUAGCGAAGAUCAAGGAACAGUAUGAGAAGGGAGAGAUGAUGACCGGGGAGAUCAAGGCCAUCUGCAUCAAGGAGUUGCAGCAAUACGUGAGCGGUUUCCAGGAGAGGAGGAAAAAGGUGAGCGACGAGGUGGUACAUGACUUUUUCAGCAGAAAAGGGUUGCUUUUUAGAGGGGUCCCAGCGGAUCAGAAGCCGGUGACGACAGGAGCAGCAUCGGAUAAAGGCACAACCAAGGAGAACGGGCCGAAGAAAGAGGUUCCCCUCCGAUGAGAUUCAGAGAGUGGGAAGUUCGACCUCGAUAGACGAUGAGCCUAUCCACGAAAGGGAGCAUAACUUGGAGUUCGAGACUUGAAAAAGAAUGAUGAUUAUGAACUAGAAUAUGAGCCUGGGGAUUUAUCCAUAGGCUGUACUCAUACACAGCGACUAGAGGAAGAGAGCCAACCCCCCAUUGUCUUUUCCGUCCCAUAGUGAAACCUCAGGUGCUGUUUUCCCG